AUCACUCUAUUUAAAGACAUGCAGCCUUUGGUACGGUCGGUUCUUGAUGGCUACAAUGUCGGCAUAUCUGCUUACGGCCAAACCGGGUACGGUAAAACUUUUACCAUGAAAGCCUGGGUUGUGAACUACAUGGCACUGGCCGAUCUGUUUCUUCUUCUAUCAAAUAAAAAAAAAGGACACGAACCAGUUACGAAAUCUCAGUUCAGAUGCUUGAGAUUUACAACGAGCAAGUCAGAGAUCUACUUGCCACAGGUUGACAAACUAAGAGAUAUCAUUUCGUUCUAUUAA